AUUUUCUUUCUUUCUUUCUAAACUAUUCUACUCAUUUGAUUUAUCAGUCUCUUUGUUUCUGCUUCCUGAGACCAAGUUCCAUGGCCUACACAACGCUUUUCUCCAAUCCUCUUCACCUUAACAAAACUACAAAUCACUCUUCCAUUCAUUUCUCUCCCACUCUCUCUGUUAAACCAAAUCAAAAUCUUAGAUAUUCUAAGAAUCUCAAACUCUCAUCAAACAGACACCAUGCAACCACACCCUCUGCUUCUUCUUCUUCAGGAGUUGAGUCUCUGGUGUUGGAUGAGGAUACUACAAGUUCACUGGAUUCAGUUAAGGUGUUUGAUUUGAAUGGAAAGGAGGUUCCGAUUUCAGAUUUGUGGAAAGAUAGGAAAGCCGUUGUGGCAUUUGCACGCCACUUUGGAUGUGUGCUUUGUCGCAAAAGGGCUGAUUACCUUGCAUCCAAGAAGGAUAUAAUGGAUGCUUCUGGUGUGGCACUUGUAUUGAUUGGACCUGGGAACAUUGAACAGGCCAGAACCUUUGCCAAGCAAAUGAAAUUCGAAGGAGAAAUCUAUGCAGACCCCAAUCAUUCAUCAUAUGAGGCCUUAAAAUUUGUUUCUGGAGUUUUGACCACAUUUACCCCCAAAGCAGGUCUUAAGAUAAUACAAUUAUAUAUGGAAGGCUAUCGGCAAGAUUGGAAGCUUUCAUUUGAAAAAGAUACUGUUACCAGAGGGGGCUGGAAACAAGGAGGAAUCAUAGUUGCAGGUCCUGGGAAAAAUAAUAUCUCAUAUGUUCACAAGGACAGAGAAGCAGGUGAUGAUCCAGAAAUUGAAGAUAUCUUAGCAGCAUGUUGUUCCUGAAGAAACAAAAGAUGGAGCCCCUCUUUCACUGCUUUUUAUCAAUCUUGCUUCAUGAUCACAAGGCACUAUUGUACAUCAUACUCUUUUGCUUCUUGCACUGAUCAGUAGCUUUGCCUUGAGGUUCAGUUAUUAGACAUUCACCAAAUUACAGUACACAAUUUGGAAUAUGUGACAGUAUUACCCUUAGGAUAGUUUUAACAUUUUGUUAGUUUCAAAAUCUUGUAUAUAAGAUUUUUCCAUGUCAAAUAAAUUGGCCUCUUCCCUUUUGUUCUUCA